UUUCUUGCCACGGAACGGAACGGGAGAAGGCAGCGCCCGUUUCGCGCCGGUUCCCCGCCGGCUCUUGCGUUAAGGAUCGCAGCUACCUUUGAUAGUUUCGCAAUGCGCUCCGCCUCGCCGCGGGGCUACGGGGCAUUGCCCUCCCACGCGGCCGCACCCUCUCCAACGUCGGCGCCGUCCGCGGUCCACCGCGGGGCCGCCCUCGUCUCCAGCCUCCGUGAGCAGGGCAGGGCCCUAAUCGCGACCCAGCGCCCCUGGGGGCAGCUCCUCGACUCUGCCGCCCUCGCCCGCCCCCCCUCCGCCGGGGAAGCCAUAUCCCGGCUCCGCCGUAACCUCACCUACUUCCGCUCCAACUACGCCCUCUCCGUGCUCCUCGCCCUCGCCAUCGGCCUCAUCUGGCAGCCAGCCUCGUUGGCCGCCGCCCUCAUCCUCGCCGCCGCCUGGUUCUUCCUCUACCUGGCCCGCGACGGGCCGCUCGUCCUCUUCGACAGACGCUUCGACGAAGGCACCAUCCUCGGCGCCCUCUCCCUGGCCACCUUCUUCGCGCUCGUCUCCACGGAUCUCGGGUCGAACGUGUUCAAGUCAGUGGGGGUCGGCCUGCUGCUCGUCGGAAUGCACGCGGUCUUCAGGAUUACGGAUGACCUUUUCAUGGAUGAAAGCGAGGCCGUGAGCGGUGGAUUGGUCGCCGGCUUGGGCGGUCCGGGGCGGCCGGCCUUCGUCGUCCGGGUGGUGUAAUCGUUCCCGCAACUGUUGCGCAUGAGGCAUUGCGUUCUGGAUUCCAAGAAGGCCUCUAAGCAAUGGUGAUGACAUAAACAAUACGCUCCCUCCUUUUGCAUUUGGAUUCUUCGUCUCUGUAUUGUUCUAAUCUCAACUCAUUUAUUGGAAUUGUUGUGACACUGAAAGGUGGCUUAGUAGCAGUUGUAUUACCAACAUCAGACAAUGUGUGAUGUUAAAAUUAAUUGGAAGGAAUAA